GCUGGUUGGCCUUUUAUUGCAAUCUACACAGUAUAGAAUCUGACUGGGCGUACCCUUCCUCCAAUAACCAGAACCAGAUCAAAUUUAUUAGCGUUUGUCGCAUUCAUUCAGCUGCUGAAUGCUGCUUAGACCAUAUAACAGGCUAGCUAAUCCAUAAAGAUUUCAUCGCCAAAUCGUUGUUUAUCAAAGACGGUUCAUGGCGAGCCCGACCAGCCGAACACCUCCCACUAGUGCAAACCCUUCUACCCAGCCCCCAUCUCGGCCACGAGAUUGGAAUAAGCUCCGUGGUGGAGAGGCAGGACCUACUUUUCGCGGCGUAGGGAGGGGCAGAGGCGCACGUGGUGGUGGAAGGGGCGGUGGUCGCUCCCCAAACAACCCAGUGAUCAGAGGAAGCAGCAAGCUUUCACACACAGAACCCUCGGAGAACCACGGUCCCCUCCCAGACGUGUCCACGCCUAAGGUCGAGCCUUCCCCAGCUCGUAAGGGUCCUUCCCAGUCGGAAGCUGCUAGUACUACUUCGGCAAAGCCUCCUGCUAGUCCAGCUGACCGUGCGCCCAAGCCAAAAGCACGAUCUCGUUCGAGUCGUGGUCCUCGCGGUGUUCCAGUUGUAACCGUAGCUCCAGCUUCUCCAACUCCAGAUUCCGUACAAAACGUGCCCUCCACACCCAGUCGUAAUAAUGCUAACCGGCAUCGACGCAUCAACACCCCCCAGCAUGCCAAGCCCCCCCUAAACGGGAGUACACCAACGACCACAUCAUUACGUCCACAGAAACCAAAGGCAGCACCUACUACAUCUUCUAUCGCACCACGUAAAGAUAUCCCUCCUCAUCUGGCAGCUGCACACGAGGCUGAAAUUCGUCACGAUAUUGACGCCUUGGUUGAACGUGUCAGGGCAGUUGCAAUGGCUGAAAACAGGCCUUCAACACCUGGAAGCCAUAUUGAUUGGGCUGGUGAAGAGGAUGACUCGUUGCCUGACCUUGAUGAUUGGGGCGUUACGACGACUCGCACCAAUACCAGCGCAGAUGGCAGAGGUGAUUUGAUAUCACCUAUAUUGGCGGAUGCGCUUAAGCCAUUGCCGGAGCCUCAGACGGAAGGAGAUGAUGACGAUGAUGAAGAACAUGAUGAAGAACACGAUGAUGAAGAGGCAGAUGAAGAUGAAGAUCACAUGGAACCUUUAGAUAAUGAUCCUGAUGACGAAGUCACUAAGGACUCAUCGGAUUCUUCACCCCUAUCCAAUACACCUGAUACCUUUGUCACGGCCACCGCAGAUGUGCAUGACACUCCCGCCACCAUUGCCGCACCUGAAAGCAUCACGCAUACCGAGAAGGCCUCGCUUCACACGUCGCUGCCUCCCAAGCCGGCCGCUGCAACGGAUAAGUUGCGCGCAAGCUCUGCACGCCCCAACUUGCUUUCCAAAGCAGCGCUGAUCGUAGGCGGUGAAGACCCACUGGCAACCAAGGGGGGAGGCCUUUCACAGUCUAUUCACGCUCCCUCCCUUGCCGAGGUAGAAACACUAGAAAGGACCCUCAGCUCUUCUUCCAGUGACCACGGCCUCGCUGGAUCUAUUCACGCGCCUAAAGGCCUCCCGGAAUCCCACUCCGCUCCAUCGUUGCUGAGCCCGGGUGCCCCAUCUCCUGCGCGCGCAUAUAGUCCUUCGCAUGGCCGCUCGAAGACGGAAGGUCGCCCUGCAUUUCCACAUCCACGCACAGCGGCGAUAAAUCACAGAGCGAUUCGUUCUGGUACAUCUUCGCCGCUGGGCCCGCCUGUACACGCGCAUGCGCGGAAUCACUCGACACCUCCUGGAGGGGCGGGGCAACGUGCCCCGCAUAGCGUUCGACCGGUUCUCACCGUAGAUGCAAUAUCUCGGGUGGCAAGAACAAUUGGCGGUAUGCCACGCGUGCCUCGUGCGCAAGGUGUCGUUGUCGCAAAAGAUUAAAUGUUUCUACAAUUUCCACCCAUCAUGUUACAAAUGUCCCAUCUGAUCUACGUGGUUUUUCAUAUUUGCUCAUCGACGUACGUCCAGUCGGCUCUGGUUUCUUGGUUGCACGUCAACCUUGCUCUGUUUUUGGAUAAUGAAAAUUGCACCUAACACUGUCUGCACAUAU